AUGAAGUAUGACGGGACCCAAGACCCCCAGGAACACCUAACGGCCUUUGAGGCCAGGAUGAACCUGGAAGGGGUGGGCGAUGAAGUAAGGUGUCGCGCCUUCCCUUUCACCACACGAAUCGCUAAGGCGAAGCACCCAAUUAAUUUGCUGGGGGUAACUCAAAGGAGCGGCGAGCCGACCCGGAAGUAUUUGGACAGAUUCAAUGACGAGUGUUUAGAGAUCGACGGCCUAACCGAUUCGGUGGCCAGCUUGUGCUUGACAAACGGAUUACCGAAUGAGGAUUUCAGAAAGCAUCUUACCACCAAGCCUGUAUGGACAAUGCAAGAGAUUCAAAACGUCGCCAAGGAAUACAUCAAUGAUGAGGAAGUCAGCCAGGUUGUGGUAGCCAAUAAGCGGCAGUCCGCCUACUCAAGUGUUCGCCCGCCCGGUAGCGGGGAAAGGUCAAAGGAGCACUCUAAAAACGGAGCGCCUGCUAAAGCCUUCAAACCCUUCCCCCGGGUAGGAAAAUUCACCAACUACACCCCCCUAGCAGCUCCAAUCGUUGAAGUCUAUCAACAGAUCGCCGACAAGGGCAUCUUGUCGAAGCCCCGACAACUCAAGGACAGGACGGGAGGAAACAAAAGCCUCUAUUGCGACUACCACAAGGGCUAUGGCCACAAGGCCCAAGACUGCUUCGACUUGAAGGACGCUCUGGAACAGGCCAUUUGGGAAAGAAAGUUGGCCGAAUUCUCCCACCUUAUCAGGGAACCACGGAGGCGGGAUCAUGAUCGAUCCAGUGAAGACAAAGGCCACGCUGUAAAACAGAGGCGAGAGCCCGAAGAGGAUAAUAAGUGCGAUAUCAUUCGGCCCCGAAGACCAAUGGGUUGA